AAAGGGGCAGGCACUAGGAGCUGGAGCAUGAAUUGGGGUAAAGGUGUGUUUCCUGGGAGCUGUAUCCCUGCGGAGAAGUGCAGGUUACCGAGGGGCUGGGAAAGAAACCAGACUUUGACCUUUUACUUGCCAAGAAUUGACAGAGGAGGAAGCGAGCAGUUCUGAAGAGGUUCCUGGAUGCGGGUGUGAACCGUCAGUUCAGUCUGCCUCUCUCCUUUCCUCGUAACUGAAGGAGCUCCAGUCUCCCAGGGGGGAGAGUCUCAGCACCUCACCUCCCCGGGGGAGGAAGGGUGAGAGUGAACCCAAGGCUGAUAAACAUGCAGACGUGGCUCAAAGCGAAGCGAGUGGGGUUCUGCCUCAGCGAUAAGAAAAGGAAGAAGCUGAAUUUGCUGGUCUUUGCAGAGUUGUGUCGGACAAGAGGAAUUGAGGUUGUACAGAUCGAUCUGACGCGGUCAAUCGAAGAGCAGGGACCGUUCGACCUGAUCGUUCACAAGCUUUCAGACUUGAUGCGCGACGCCACUCAGAACGACACCCAAUCCCAGCAGCUUGUCCAGAAAUUCCAGGACUAUGUUGAAGCCCACCCCCAAAUCAUCUUGUUGGAUCCCUUGCCAGCAAUGCGGAGACUUUCCGAUCGCUUUCAAUCCUACAAACUUAUUCAGGAGCUGCAGGCGCAGGACAAAGGUCGUUGGUUCUGCAAUCCUCCAUAUCUGGAGUUAGCCACCGCAAACCAGAGUGAGAUCCUGCUUCAGAUUAAAGAACAAAACCUGACCUUUCCACUCAUUUGCAAAACCAGGGUUGCACAAGGAUCCAGCUCUCAUGAUAUGGCUCUUAUCUUCAACGAGGAUGGUCUGAGGGACGUGACUCCACCCUGUGUCCUGCAGAGCUUCAUCAACCACAACGCCAUCCUCUACAAAAUCUUUGUCAUCGGCCAAUCAUAUUUUGUCGCCAAGAGGCCCUCUCUGAGGAACUUUGCAGUCGGCCAAUCAGAUCAGAAGACGAUAUUCUUCAACAGCCAUGAAGUCUCGAAGCCAGAAUCCUGUUCACAUUUAACGGAGAGAGGGGAAGGGGAUCGCCUUCCGAGUGGACCGUCUGACAGAAUCAUCCAGUUCAUCAGCCAAGGCCUUCAGGCAGCUCUGGGCUUGUCGCUGUUCGGGGUGGAUGUGAUUGUGGACAAUAAAACCAGCAAACUCGCACUGAUUGAUAUCAACGCAUUUCCAGGUUACGAGGGUGUCCCGGAAUUCUUCAGCGCUCUCUUGAACCACAUGGAGGCACUAUUGCGGGAACGGGAGAGAGACCCGCAGGGACGAGGCCUAUUGGCCAAUCGACCGGGUGCUGGCCGGUGGUGCCGGGACCUGCCGGAGGCCUGGUCACCUGCCCCCAUCUCUAACCGUGCCAACGGCCUGGGCAGCGAGGGUUGGGAGCCAGAGGAAGCUCCCAUGGGGAAGCGGGCAUCGGAGUCUGGCUGCUUCCAGGACUUUUCCUUACCGCCGGCCGGCCUGUGCCAGUCCACCUGUGAAUAACCAUUCUCCACCAUCCCCCCAUUAGACGCCCUCCAUUAAAAACGAAACACCAGUUGGGCAAAGCAGCAAAGGGAGCUUGCACUUUAAGGAAGUGGACAUAGAACGUAGAACAUUCGAACGCAGUACAGGCCCUUUGGCCCUCGAUGUUGCGCCGACCUGUGAAACCAAUCUA